GGAAGACUUAAACGCGACGUUACUUUUGGUUAUAAGAUGUCUUCAAACCCAUUUAUUGUCUUUUUUGAUACUUUCGUUCAUACUGGGCAAAACAAGGAAAGUAUAGAUUGUGUCAGGUUUAAGAGUGGAGUUGAAUUAGUGAAAAUAUGUAUUCUUCCAUUUGGGUCGGUUGUUGAGAGUAACCUAUCUGAUGAACCACUUUUGGGAGCUACUAAUCCAGCUUCUUUCGAUAUGAAGGUAUACAGUAACAGUCGAACUAAUUGCAUUGUCUUGCAAAAUGUUGCUAAAUACCAUUUUAAUGAAAAAACUGGGAUCAACACAAUUUAUUUCGAAAACAGCUUACACUCUAACUUUUUGCUUUUCCGUGGCGUGUACUCUACCCUGACAGUUGCUCUUUUCGGCUUUCCGGCCGUGUCUGUACCUGUCCAGUCACUAGCUCCAGCUACUAAUCUGUCGAUCCCACCUCCCACCGCGGGAAUAAAUAUUGGGGCAGUCGAAGCAGCUAACUCAGGGUAUUACAAUCUUAAUAAAGUGCCAGGAAUUCAAACUGAACAAAAGCCUGAUGUUCCGAAUAACUGGCAGCAAUAUCAUUCACAAACGAAUUCGACGGAGAGUUAUAUGAAAUCCCAGUCCUUGAAUGUGUGUUCAUUGCAGCCUGAAAGCGAAUUGUCUUCUAUUCAUCCAGUCACAGAAGCGGAUUUAGAGGAAAAAGUAGAUGAUCAAAAGACAAUGAACAUAGAGUCUGCUGUUCUUUAUGAGGAUGGUGAGAUUCAGGAUGUUGACUACGAGGAAAUAUCGUCUAAUGAGGAAUUGUUUUCAGAAAUAGAAGAUGGUGAAAAUCUAGAGAUUGGUGAUCAUCAGUCAGAUGUCGAAGAAAUUAGAGAGAUUGAAUCUCAUAUUUCCUCCUAUCAAUGGCGUUUUAAUCCAUUUGAUUUAAUAAAUCAGUAUUCUAAUGUAUUCUCUUGUGACUUUCGUAGAAUCGCAGAUCCCACAAUCACCUUAUUCGAGCUUCAUUGUUGGCUGUUGGAACAAAAUGCCUCCAAUAAGGAUCAAUUAUUUUCUGAAAAUGAACCGUUUAAUCGAAAUCCUGAUGAACUCGAAGUAGAAUCGAACUUAAAUUUAUUACCACCUCCAGAUGACUGGGCAGAUGCAAGUCAGUCUGCAGAGUAUCUCAUUGAGAUGACGAAGAAAUAUUGUUCUUUAUCGACUGCAGGUUUUCAUGAAGAGUGGAUUGAUUGUCUUGAAAAUAUUGGUACUCAUUUGCCCCAAGGUCUGGCCUUCUUAUACUGUACUGACCGAAAUCUAUAUCAAGCUGUCACUGAAACUCUUCUACUCUGGGUAUACAGCGGUUUAAAUAUGGAUUUAGCAUUGAGUCAACCAAAUGCUUCAUACAUAGUUAAGCAUAUUACAGUUGGUGUACAUCUUGCUGGUCUUAUGACCAGUACAACUACUUCAGAAUUAGCUAGUGCUUUACUUUAUCCUGAAACUUUGAAACAUGAUGGUAAUGAUUCAAGUAGUAAUACACAUAUAGAAGGAUUACAGGUUCAGCACCUGCUCUUAGAUCUUUUAGAGUCUCCUUUAAUUACAACGCCACUGAGACUUUCUGUUUGUCGUGCUCUAGAUCAGACUACACGAUUACCCAUUGGUUUAAAUGCUUUCUUAGGCGUAAGCCAAAUAGGUAGUGAUGAAAAAGUUGUUCAGAGUUGUACAGAGGAACCAUUAAAGACUGAAGCAAAUUCUGAUGGAAUGGAUCAGUUUAUCGGUAUCACGAAGGGCAGUACAAACGAUGAACAGUAUAAUGUUGAAGGUGAAUUCAAUCAAUCCACUAAAUUGGAACAAAUUGAUGACAAUGAUGAUGUGGAAAUGUUGGACAGACAUUUAUCAUCUGAUAGAAUUCAGUCACCAUAUCAGCGCUUCAUUUUCAUUGUUAGCGGCAGUAAAAACUCUCGUGUAACUGCAGCGUAUGAACGAUUGUUAAAUAAAGUGCAUACAUAUGAACUUCUUUCUGGACUACGGGAUUUAGUUAACCAAUUUCAGAAAAUCGGUGAGCAGUAUCUCAAUGGAAAUCAUAAUGAUAUACUCCAGAUUAUGGAAUUGGAACAGACUUUAGUCAGUCGGUUAAGGAGGAUAACACAUAUCUUUCAAAAUGCUGAACAAAUUAUUGCAAAUCCUCGGUCGACUCUUCCUUGUCCAUUGUUGCUAAAUGAGAGUAAACGAAUUGCCUACAAUCCUUAUGCAGAUCUAUGUUCUAUGCUAGACUCUUGUGGUUUGAUUGACUCAUUGACUCAUCUAAUCAAUACAAUUACAAAUAUGCACGAGGGUUUAUUACAAGACAAUGAAACUGAUAAUCAAUAUGAGAUGAUGAACAUCUCCUCAUUGGUUGGACAAAUUCAAGUAUCAAUAUGUGAAUUAUUACGUGUAAUAUGUUCACAUUCCUAUGGUUUAUUGCUUUUCGCCUAUCGACCAGAAUCAACUAGUCUAUUGGUUAAAUCGUGUUUACAAAUAUUCUCCAAUGGUAUUUUAAAGGAUAACAUGAAUAGCAAUAAAUCAUUUGCUUCUGAAUUCUUCAUAUUCGGUUUGGAAUUAAUUUACAAAAUAGAAGCUCUUCGAUAUCUUGAUUUAAUUAUCGAUUGGACAAGAAAGAAAGGUAUGACAGGCAUUUAUUCCUUUGUCACACAACUUCAAUCUGAGACUAGUAGUAGUUCUGUAGAUUUACGAUCCAAUGAAGCAGCAAUUCUACGUGAUGCCUUAUUUGGACUGACCAGAUUGACAGUGAACACGAUUGGACAGUUUCAUAAUUCUAUGGACAAUGAUGGUACUGUCGAUGAUGAUGAUGAUGAUGAUGACCAGCAGCUGUCUAAUCUAGAAUGUCUCAAAGAAUUUGUCCAUACCACAUUGAAUACUGCAUCACCUAUAUGGAUUGCUGAUGUCAUUGCUAUGGAUGAUUAUUUCGCUCCAUUUCUAAUGCUUACUGAAGCUUUUGCUGAACACGAUGUAGACAUAAAGUGUGCAGGGAAUAGCACACAGCAGUUGGCAUUACCGAAAACUGAAAAAUCUAAAGCUUCAAAUGAAGAAACAAAGUCUAACACACAGUCAAAUGAUCCGGCUUCAACAGAUGCACAUUUUGAAAUGCCAAGCGCUUUAAGUUCGAAAGCAACAAUCCACAAUCUGCUCUCUGGACCAAUUCAGUUAAACAAUUUAGUGAAUACCUUGAUCAUUACAGUAUUACGUCACAGUGAGGAUGUAUCCUAUUUAGAUCGUUAUGGAUUUCGUUUGGCACAGCUGAUCACGCCACAUCAACAAAUCGACUGUGUAGAAGAUAUUACACCUAUUGAUGUAUUAGUACAACUGAAUUCAUUUACUCGAAUUGCACCAAUUUAUAUUAAUUGGCUUCGUGAUGGAUUGUCUCGUUCACAUGUUACAGGAGUGUUCAAUGUACCGACUGAUUCACCUUUAUCACCUGACGCCUGUUCAUGGUUAAUUAGUCAAUUGCAAACAAUGAGUAAUGAAUUGACUGAAGCAUUAGAUACACUUUUAGAUCUUGAAGUUGCUGAAGAUCUUAUAGCACCAAAUACUACAUCAUCUCAUUUAACAUUUCAAAGUCGAAAACUAUCUAAUGCUCAAAUUGUUACAGCUGGUCGGUGUAUACCGCCUAGCAUUUUAUUGGUAUUACGUUUAUUACGUACGCAUAUACUCGGUUCAAGUCGAUUAUCAAUUUUUGAUCGUUUAUCAUAUGAUAAUUUUUCAAAACAACAGAUAAUUUUAUCUCGAACGAAUGCACUUAUUAGCAUAAUCAGUAUGAAUGGAUUAAAUACGUUUAUUACCUUAAUUCAGAAACUCUCUGAUUUCUUCAUACUGCAAUUACAAGCCACGUUAUCUCAUGCAAACAAUGCAACCGAUCUGAUAGAUAUAAGUAGUUGUGAUAGUAAUGCCAGUCUAGUGUUUUCAAUAUUUGAUUCCGUUAUACAAAUUGUUUCUGUCCUAUUACGCACUAUCAUCCCAAUCCAAGGUGAAGAUUUUCAAGAUACUCGGAUUUUACAUCCUUUAUUUUAUGCGUAUGCUUGUACAAUUUUCACAUUUUGUCCCCCUGGUCCUAAAGCUGUCCAACUUGAAAGGAUUCGUGAUAGCGUAAUUACUGGUGUUUUGGCCUAUACACAUUCUGAACUAAACAGAGUGCUUAAUAUUCAAGAAAUCAAUAAAUCCCUGUGGGUAUUAAUGCUAAAAGAACUGAUCCGUUUCACAAUAUCAUCACCGUGUUUCUUCCUACCUGGCCUAUUAAUAUUCAUAGAUUUGUUGCCUCUACCGUUACCUAUAGUCACUGUUGAUCUGUCUUUUGGUUCAAGUGAUGAAUCUAAGAUAAAUAGUUCCCGAGAUGUUUGGGCUGCCCACCUACUUGCAGUAUCUUCUGAUUUGAUAGGAAUGAUACAGUUAUUGAGUGCAACUAUUUCAUCACCGAACAAUCUAUUGUUCUGUACUCUUUUCAAAUUUGUUGAACGUUUAGUGGAUAUCAGUUUAGCCUUUGCAAGUCUACUUGCUAAUGCGUGUUUAGAUAGCAUAAAUGAUGUUCGAACUCAAAUCCUAAAUGAACCUGAAAAAGAAGAGAAGGAAACGGCUGAAAGUAGUGUGUCGAAUGAAGGAGAUAACGUAGAGGAACUAUGUUCAAAGACAGAAGAGUCACUUUCAUCUUCAGAGAAUAGAACGGAUCAUUUAGUUAGUGAAUUAAAUACACCCAGUACAAAGUUGUUAUUAAAUCCACAGCCAAUCUUAGAUCCACGAUUGUCAACACAAAAACUGAGCAUUGAUGCAUGUCGAGUUGAUAAUACACUACCGUCUGACUCUGAGGCAAAUGUACUACAACCACCACCACCAUCACUAAAACAGCAACAACAACAAGUCAAUCCAACGAAUGCGAUUAAAUUUUCUAUAAAACAAAUUGAAUCAACUGAACUGAAUGCUGCCUUAUCGCUGUUGUUUAUUCUUUUGAAAAUUCCAGUCUAUCGAUAUGCUGUGCUAGAUGCAUUACGUCAACAAGCUAAUCGCCAUGCUGAGAAUACAACGGUUACCGAAGAUGGAAAUUCCUCUUCAAGUCCUGAUUCUCCUAGUGGUAAUCUUCUCCGUCAACAUUUUCUCAGUGUUAUUGACUCAGUCCUGACUGAAUAUUCUGACAAAAACUCGUGCAUAUCUGUUCAAUUAAAAAUACUUCAAUGUUUGAGUCUUCUUGUCGACGUGAAAUUAUCAAUUAACAACACUAAAUAUCAUGUUGAUUCGACUGAAAGUGAAGCUCAAUCCUUAUCUGAUAAUUUACCGGAUUUAUGCCUACUCAAAGAAUUAGUUCUUAUCCUAAUCAAGCAUAUUAAUCAUCCAGACAGAGAUAUGAGCACUUUACCAUCAGCAUUAGAUCCCUUGAUUAUAAUCACUGAUCAUGAUCCAGGCUUUGUUGUUGUUAAAGAAGCAUUGGAUAGUCCAGUAGCGUUUCACAAUGGUCAACAUUUAUUCGCCAAUUUAGUCCAACGUGUUAAUGAUUGUUUCAGUGCAGAUAAUCCAGAUUGUCAGGCUACACUAACUGGUUGUCUACGAUUAAUUCAAUCCUUGGUUAUAGGGCAUAGUACAUUACCGUUAACUUUUAUAUCAAAAUGUACUAAUUGGGAUGAAAUUGAAGACGUCGAAACUAAAUCAUCAUCAGAUCCCCAGAUAGAGACUAAAUCUUUGGAUGAAAUAAAUGAUAAUUUAUUUACCAGACAGCUUCAUAUAUCUGGUGAACGUGUUCGUGAAUUGUUAGGUUGGUCGGGAAGUGGAGAUCAUGGAAAACCUGUUCGAGAUCUUCAUUCAUUGCUAGAAAUGUUAGCUGAUGAUGAACCAUCACUUGAGUAUUUAAGAAGUGGUAUGAAAAAUCUCUUGUCAUUAUUGUCAAAUGAUUAUGACAUUCCUGAAUUGAAGGAGUUGACUGCUACUAAUCAAUCCGAUUCUUACAAAAUCAGAUCAAAAUUACCAAAUCCUCGAUCAUUGGAUAUAUUAGUGCGUGAUUACCAGAAGUUUAUUAAACUCUCCUUAGAUGACAACAAUUCAGAAAAAGUAUCUAAGCAUCAACCGAAAUAUUAUUAUAAAAAUCUUUCGGCUGUAAAUGAAAAAAUUUCAGAAGAUAUAGACAUGGAAUUACCUUCAAGUGGUUCUAAAUUCAUCGGUAGUCAGAUUCCUGUAUCCAUUUCAUAUCAAAAUAACUUAGUACAAUGUGAUUUAAAUGAUAUUGCAACUAAUGGGUGUAAUGGAUUACGAAUACGAGAGGAACUAGCCAAGUGUGGACGUCAACAAGAUUCAAGUGAAGUAGCCAUUCGACAUCAGAAACGUAGACGUGGUCAAUCAACAAUUAUACAAACUGGAAUAAGUUCAAAGAAAUUUGUCGCACCUAUGCGUGGUCGAGGUUUUAUGCUACGUAGUGCAGCACCAUCUAAUCCUAUCGCUAGUAAUACAGUUCCUGCUGUCCUCGGCGCUAAUACUGGACAACUGAAUACAAAUGUUCCAGGUGUUCGUGUAGAUCCAUUCCGUUCGAGACCGUUGAAUACAAGUCGUCCGCCAAGUUUACAUGUUGAUGAUUUUACUAAAUUAGAAAAAGAAGAAGGCAUUAUUGAGCAGGAUACCACUCGUUCUAGACCCUAUCGUGACACGAGAAUAAUGAGAGGUCGUGGAGGCAGAUACAAUCCUGUACGUGGAUCAUUUCCUGGUCAUAGUGCUUCAAAUGUGUCCAGUAUUUCAAAUAUGCCAUUUGGUAUGAAAAUGCCAACCGUUAAUCAGUUGCAUACCACAGCGCUUUUACCGAAUUGGCCUGUUGCUACUAGACCACUUCCAUUACUUCCGUUCAGUUUGGAUCCACGAGUGAACCAAGAACGAAGAGAUCGACACGGGCGGUGAUAACAUAUCCAACUCUCUUUCAGUGUCAACAAUGUAAUUAAAUGUAUAGAACACUGUGUUGUAUUUGUACUAUAAGUUAUGCUUUAUGUUUACUUUCUAAAAAAAAUGAUCUGUACAAAAUCAGCUUUUAACUUUUGACUGAAAAAUACAGUCG